AUGGGAAGGACUGAGGCUGCAGCAGAUGCUGCAGAGUGCACCUGUGCUGAAGAAGUUCAUGGAGAACUGUCUCCCAUGGGAGGCACCCCACGCUGCAGGUACAACCCCAACACUCUCCCAAAGAGAACAUCUAUUGUGCAUCUCUUUGAAUGGCGCUGGCAGGAUAUUGCUCAGGAGUGUGAACGCUACUUAGCUCCUAAUGGAUUUGGAGGUGUUCAGGUUUCGCCUCCAAAUGAAAACAUUGUUAUUACUAACCCGAACAGACCCUGGUGGGAAAGAUACCAGCCCAUUAGCUACAAGCUCUGUACUCGAUCAGGAAAUGAAGAGGAAUUCAGAGACAUGGUGACCAGAUGCAACAAUGUUGGAGUUCGUAUCUAUGUGGAUGCUGUCGUCAACCACAUGUGUGGGGCUGCAGGUGGUUCAGGCACACAUUCUACCUGUGGAAGCUAUUUUAAUGCUGGAAACAGAGAUUUUCCAGCUGUACCAUACUCUGGCUGGGAUUUCAAUGAUGGCAAAUGUCACUCUGCAAGUGGAGAAAUUGAAAAUUAUGGUGAUAUAUAUCAGGUAACUUCCCUUGGCAAAAUUUUCAAAUCUUUUUACUUUUUUUUUCUUUUGACAUCUUCUUUUAACUCUACAGUAAAAUCAAAUGGUGUAGUGCUUCACAAAACCUGUGCUUAGGAAGUUGUCAAGUGAAUGAAGUAGUGUCCAUAGGUACGUGUGGCGCAAAAUAUUCUAAGUACUGAGAAAUCA